AUGGGACAGGCUAGGCGCCCUGCCUGGGAGCCCGAGCAUGUGCCCUGCGCCAUCGAUGCCAGCCAGCUUUCAUCCACCCUGACGCAGCUGGCUCCAGAGACAUGGGGAGGGCCGGCUUCGUCGCCUGAGCCGGUCCAGGAGCUCCCUGAGACCCCUGUGCUGGAGCGACGGCCGGUGUCACCUGCUUCCGCCCCUGCAGAGCCGGAGGAUGUCCCAGCAGUGGCCUCAGCCCAGGGGCCAGGCCCUGAGCUGGAGCCCCAUGAGCCCUCGGGCCUGGGGCCCAGGGCACUUGCUGGAAUGGCACCAGGUGUGGCAGAGCCAGGUCCAGGUCCAGAGCCCACCGGCCCCUGUGCUGCGAGCCCCUGGGACAUCCCAGGACUGGUCUCAGGCCCCGAGCUGGAGCCCCGUGAGUCCUCGGGUGCGGGGCCCGUGUCACCUGCAGGAAUGGCACAGGGCCUGGCAGAGCCAGAGGUGGUCCUGGAGCCCACCAGCCCCUGUGCCGUGAGCACCCGGGAUUUGCCGAGGGAGAGGGUGCGGACCAUCCUGGCGUUUGCCCCACGCCUGGUGGCCGAGCAGCUGACCCUGAUGUGUGCGGAGCUGUACAGUAGGGUUGAAUGUGGUGAAUGCAAGGUCUACGUAGAGAGACAACCACUGAGGGAAGCCAUUGUGCUCCUGGCCCCCAACAUCCUUAACGUCAUCAGGCAGUUUGGUACCACGUUUCAUUGGGUCAUCUCCUCCUGCCUGAGGGCCCCGAGCAGGAUGGCCCAGGACAGGGCCCGAGUGGUGGAAUUCUGGAUCCAGGUGGCCAAGGAGUGUCUGGCUCUCAGAAAUUUCGAGUCCUUCCGUGCCAUCAUCUUCGCCCUGCAGCGCCCUCCUGUACGUCGCCUGGAGAGCACCUGGGCACAUGUUUCCUGGAAGAGCUCCUGGAUCUACAAAAAACUUAAAAAGAGGAACAAGGGGCUUAAAGGGAAGCAGCUCCUCAAGGAGGCGAGGGCCAUGUUGAGGCGAUGGCCGCCGUCCCCCAGGGCAUCCCAGGAUAUGAAGACGCAGGGCAUGAUCCCGCCGCUCGGACUGAUCCUGUACGAAGCCUUAGAGAAACAACAGGAACAUCAUGUGGACGUCACUGACUUCCUAGAGGAGAUCGUCAUAUACAGGUUCCUGGCCAGGCAGUAUGACCUGGAGCCCAAGGAGCACUUCCUGUCCUUUUUCCAGAGACUGAAGCUCCUGCGUGAGGAGCAGAGCUACGGCCUGUCCUACCACCUGGAGCCCCCAGGUCAGAGGGCAGGCAGAAAAGGACUGUUAAAGUUCUUCAGGUCCCUCAAGAUUUAAACUUACGGGCCAGGGCCAGCUGCUGUCAUCGGGCCCGCGGCCCUGCUGGUGUCCUGGCUGCAUGUGGAGGAGAGCUGCUUCCCCUCCGGGCAGGCGGCCCCUGGCGCCCCAGGACCCCAGUCUGCUUGCUGCUCCUCUUCCUCCCGCUGCUCAUCC